AUGGGGUCUGACUUGAUAUACCGGGGCCAUGAGGAGCCCCUGCCCCAGGCCGGCGGCAGCACCUCCGGUGGGUACUCCCCCAAGCGAGAUAAGCGGUGGCUCAUAUCGUCCUGCCGCCCCAUCCGCUACCUGCUUCGGGAGCAGCGCCUCCUCUUCGUGCUCGUCGGCAUGGCCAUCGCCUCCGCGUUCUUCCGUUUGGCCCCAGUGCUGUCGCCGUUUUCCUCGUCGCCAGCGUCUUCUGCCGCCGCCGGCUCUUAUCUGCCUGUGCCGCGUGCGGUUGACAGCCGUUUCAGAUCCGCGUACGAGAGAGAUCCGGUGAUGGACGGCAGCGCCGGCGUGUUGGGACACCGGCUCGGCGGCGGGAUGCUGGCGGGGGCGACCGGCGGUAAGAUUCCGCUGGGCCUCAAGCGGAAGAGCAUGAGGAUCGUCGUUACUGGAGGGGCCGGAUUUGUGGGGUCGCACCUUGUGGACCGGCUGAUGGAGAGGGGGGACAGCGUGAUCGUCGUGGACAACUUCUUCACGGGGAGGAAGGAGAACGUCAUGCACCAUUUCGGAAAUCCCCGCUUCGAGCUGAUUCGCCACGACGUCGUGGAGCCGCUGCUCUUGGAGGUCGAUCAGAUCUAUCACCUCGCAUGCCCGGCAUCCCCCGUCCACUACAAAUUCAACCCCGUCAAGACUAUCAUAUCCUUUUUUUCCAUUUUGCUUCUUGAUGGUCUUAUCUCCCUCUCAUCCUCACUUCGAUUCUUGUCAUCGUGUUUCCAAUUUCGAUUUUACGUUUCCCCUAAUAAAAUAAAAGAGAUCGCGUUUGAUUCGUUAGCUUUCUGGACGGAACCGAGGGUUUUAGAUCCGGCUUCCUCUGUUACGUUGGAUCUGAAGAAAAUUGACGCCUCACCUACUCCAUGUUGCUUUAGCUUUCCCAUUCGGAUUUAUGAGAUUUGUCCCUCAGAAUUAUUUCUUCAUUGCCUGUAACAUUCCGUCGUCUAUUCGGGCCACCGCCAAUUCGGUAAAGGAGGAUCUUCUGUCCUCUCGCAAAAUCGGUUUCAGUUGAGCUCUCCGUUCUUUAUUAUUUAUUUUUUUUCUGGUAAACGACGGGAAUUCAUUCCUCCAGAACAGGGCAAGGCUUUCCUCUUCUCCCAUGGCCGUGUAGCUUAUGGGCAUCCCUUCCCCCACUAAAUCUCUGUUCGGUGCGAUGACGACACAACGUCUGCUUCUCGUUAUUUCGUUGAUCUUUUUUCAUGAAAUCCCAUGGCACUCGAUGUUCCCCUCGCUGAGCGAAUGGUAUGAUCCCGUCUUCUUCCUUAACUUCUUCGCCUCUUGCACAAGACCAACGUUGUGGGAACGCUCAACAUGCUGGGGCUGGCCAAGCGGGUGGGCGCGCGAUUCUUGCUCACCAGUACCAGCGAGGUUUACGGCGACCCUCUCCAGCACCCCCAGGUGGAGACCUACUGGGGCAACGUCAAUCCCAUCGGUAAGUCCUUUUUGUCGUCUUUUGCCAGUUCUCCGUGACCAGCGUGGCCUCACGAUACGGCCCGAGAAGAUUUGCUCGGUAGUCCGCCAUGGAUAAUCAUCGCCUCCGUAUGAUCUUCAGCCGGUCUCCAUUCAUCAUAUGCACGGGAGCGCCGUACUUCCCUGACCUUCCCGACCAUAGCUGGAUUCUAACUCCCCUAAUUGAGGCAACCCCAUCAGUAUACAUUUUGUCGUAUUUUCUUGUGCUCAAUUUUUCAUGGAGCUCUGGUCCCUCCCUCGCUAAACAGGUGUUCGAAGCUGCUACGACGAGGGGAAGCGCACGGCUGAGACUCUGACCAUGGACUACCACCGCGGAGCCAACGUGGAGGUACGGAUCUCCCCGAUCUGCGAACCCAGCUGUUGAAACUCGAAUUACCCUCGAAACGUGCCCGGCGUUUGUUCACUUCUGUAAUCUGAGGAACCCCUGUCGGCUGCAGGUGAGGAUCGCCCGAAUCUUCAACACCUACGGGCCUCGGAUGUGCAUCGACGACGGCCGAGUCGUCAGUAAUUUCGUUGCCCAGGUGAUCUUCUCACCCAAUUUGCUUCAUCCCGAUCUCAUUUGCCCCCAUAUUUUUAAACUGAAUUGCCGACAAAUCCGAAUGACGUCCGCCAGGCUCUGAGGAAGGAGCCUCUGACUGUUUACGGCGACGGCAAGCAAACCAGGAGUUUCCAAUACGUCUCCGACCUGGUAUACCCCUGCCUCCCCCCUUUCCAUCCUCACCAAUUCCUCGGUUUUCUGGCGCGGCGGUCGCCCUUGGUGGGUGGUGGGUGGUGGGUUGAUGGGCAUGGUUCUUGGUGGCACAGGUGGAAGGAUUGAUGAGACUGAUGGAAGGGGAGCACGUGGGCCCUUUCAAUCUAGGCAACCCUGGCGAAUUCACCAUGCUCGAGCUCGCCAAGGUUCCCCCUCUCUCUCUCUCUCUCCUGCAGUAUAGUUCCGGGGGCAGAUGGGCGUUGACUUUUGUUGCCUCUUACCUAGGUGGUUCAAGAGACCAUUGACCCGAACGCCAAGAUCGAGUUCAGGCCCAACACGCAGGACGACCCGCACAAGCGGAAGCCAGACAUCACCAAGGCGAAGGAGAAGCUGGGCUGGGAACCCACCGUCCCGCUAAGAAAGGGCCUCCCCCACAUGGUCUCCGACUUCAGGAAGCGCAUCUUCGGCGACCACGCCGACAGCGGCGAGACCGCCACCAACACGUCGUCUUGA